AUUAAUAAAUAAAUAAACUAUAACGCUUUAUUUUUCUACGUCCACUCCGUCUGCAACGAGCCGUGGAAAUAGUCAAACACGCAGCGAACUGGUGAACAUGGAUAAAGCCAAGGAGGUUCUACAGCUGAGCCCGGAAGAAGAGGAGACUGUCUUACGAGUCCCUGUUCGCCCUUGGCCUAAUCAACUCGGAGUCCUUCCGAGCUUCUUCGAACAAGUUAGCUUAAGAGGCAUCCGAGUCGACCGAGUAGAACCCGGAUUCGUUUCCUGCACUUUCAAAGUCCCUCCUCGCCUCCUCGAUAGGGAUGGAAAUUUGGCCAGAGGUGCUAUUAUAAAUCUAAUCGAUGAGGUUGGUAAUGCUCCUAUUAAUGUUCAAGGUGCCGUCGUUAAUCUCUCCGUGGACAUGUCCAUCACGUUUCUUGCACCUGCAAAGAUCAACGACGAGUUGAAAAUUACUGCAAAGGCUUUGGGAAGAAGGGGAGGUUAUGGUGCAGGCAGUGUUAUUGUGAGAAAUAAGGCAACCGGGGAAAUAAUUGCCGAAGGCCGACAUUCACUGUUUGCUAAACCACUUAACAAACUUUGAAAUCGAAUGCCAACCAAGUACCAACCAUGCUCUUAGAAGAUCUUCAGUGGCAUUGCCUUGUGUUGUGGUUUCUCCCAUUAGUUGCUGCAAUUUAAUGAUGUCAGAAAUAAUUUGCAACAAAACGAAGAUCAGAUAUUGUAUGAUGAAGAACCUUAUUCUGUAAACCUUUUCUAUGAUAUUAUUUCCACUGUUGGGCGCCACAAUUGCGAAUCUCAAGAAUUGAUGGAAUCGCAGUUCGAUCAUCCUCUCUCGUAUAGUCAGACCAUCAAUAUGUAUUGAUAUUAAUAAAGAUCAGCUCUGAUGGCAUGUUUGCUUCACAGAAUGUCUUGAACGUAAGUUCUGUAUACUAGCUGAUACCUCAUACAUCCUGUGUGUCAAGGGAUGUUUUGUUUGAAUGCCUGUACCAUGUAAUGGAUGAUGCUUAACUGAUAAUCAAAUCAAACUGCUGGUGCAUGUGAUAUGCCUUAUAGCAAGUUAUAUA